AUGACCACCCCAGACGCCCAAGAUGCAUCUCCCUCGCCCGAGUACAGGAGCGACUUGGACGACGACGAUAUGGCUGCUGAACAGACCACAGACCGCCAGUCUGGAGAUGCUGAAUCCACCCAGAAACCUACCAACGGGAAGCCCAAUGCAAAGGACCCUCUGAGACCGCGGAGGAAGAAGGCGCGGAGGGCAUGUUUCGCCUGCCAGAGAGCCCACCUGACGUGUGGCGACGAAAGACCAUGCAAUCGCUGCAUCAAGCGCGGCCUCCAGGAUCAUUGCAUGGACGGCGUGCGCAAAAAGGCCAAGUAUCUACACGACGCGCCCGAUGGCGCCCUCAUGCCAGGUGUAGGCGGCCACUACCCAUACAUGAAUGGUAACCGUCCAACACCAAUUCCGAGCCACGAACCGCAAACGGUUUCCGUCUCCCCACAAAGCAACAUGUACAAUCAAGCGCAGCCAGCGGCAUUUUACCCGCCCAACUCGAUACCGGGGCAAUUGCCUAUUGCUCAGGAAGGCCACGCCUUCAAUAACCAACAGUCGCCAAUCUCACCUCCGUUCAACCAACCACACCACGGCCCGGUGCAAAAUGCACCGAGCACUAUGCCUCAAGGUCAGCAGAGCCAGUUGCAGCAGUUCGGACCUCUAUUUGACCCAAGUGACCCAGCACUGUUCAAUUUCGACAUUUCAAGUCUGAACUUUGGCAACCAUUAUGGAGCACUUGAGUUUGGUAUGCUCGGCCACAUGUCAUCAGGUGCAGUGGAUACCCCCCAUGAUAAUGCAAUGAUGAAUAACAUGAACGGCGCCGUGAACAUGUACAACCAACAAAUGCCCUCUACUUAUGCGGAUCAGAACAACGCAGCAACCGCAAUGGCAUACAACCCCAACGGACUUCCGGCGGGUGAAUGGCAAGACUCGCAUUCGCGGCAAGGUAGUAUGCAUGUUCACACACCAAACACUUCGGCCGGUCAUGACCACCACGGCCUUCGAAACGACAGCCUUAGUGGUCCUCAUGCAUUCGUCAUAGGCCAGGGGCCAGGCUCUACAGCAAGCCCGGCUUCGACGGACGCAUCUACAUUCGAGGGCGACAACCCACUAGCUACUGCAGCGUUCUUCGCCAACACGAAUAGGCCACAUGCGCCGCACUCUCCAGCUGUCAACCGAUCACAGCGCGAACACAGACCCUCGAGCACAGCAAUUCAACCGACGAAUUCAAAUGGCAUUCGCAAACGUCAAAGAGAUACUAAGAGCAUCUACCAAGGAGUCACCAAGCCAUACGAUUACGUCAAGGGCUAUCACAGGCUGUACCAGCUCAUCGACAAGAAUUAUUCGAGACCAUGGGUUGCUAAAGCCCAGCAAUACCUGCAGAAUUACCGACCUGUGUUGCUGCAAGUGAGAGAAGAGUUGAAUAGGGACGACUUGAUCCAUCAAGAAAUGGGUCUACAACGUCAGGUCAUGACAUUGCAAGAUCACUUCGCAGAAGUCGGCACACCUUUCCUGAUAUGCCGUCGCUCAGGCGAGAUAGUCGGUAUCAACAAGGAAUUUACUAUUCUCACAGGCUGGAAAGACUCCGUUCUCCUCGGCCACGAGCCAAACCUCAAUUUCAACACGGGCACGAAUCGCGACACAAGCGAAAGCGAUACCGGUUCGACCCAGAAUACAACACCCAACCUCACCGCGCAAGACUCUGAGAGUGCCACGCCCAGUGUCAACAUUAUCGAGCUCAUGGAUCCCAAAUCCGCUCUCGAAUUUCUACAGCACUUCUCCGAACUCUGCUACCAGGAUCCUCACGGCUACGCCUCUCAACGCGUCAACAUGUUGAGGUACCAGACCAAGGCCGAUAUGGAUCGCAUUCAGGAAAUGAAGAACGCGAAUACCGGCUCUGAUGUCAAGGUCGAUCCGCUCGUCAAGGUGGAAGGCGAGAGUGCUAUGCAGAGACUUGGUGCGAAGAAUGGUAUGGUGGAUUGUAUGAUUUGGUGGCAUAUCAAGCGCGAUAUGUUUGAUAUGCCUGUGCUUGUUUGCAUGAGUGUCAUGCCUGUUCUCGAUAAAGGCUUACAAUGA